AUGUCACCAAGCAAGAAGAUCAUGGAUGAUUUCGACUUCAUGGCAAAGAGAUUCCCUUACAACAUCACGUUUGAGAGUGCAUGUUACCGAUGCCCUUUCAUGCAGGAUUUGAUUUAUCAUAAAAAAUGGAGAAUGGCUGACAUGAAGAGGAUGUACAAGGAAGCAAGAAAUAGAAUGCCUAAACCUAGGAUUCUACACAAGCUUCAUGACCCAGGUUACUUCCUUAUACAUUGCACAAUCAAUGGAAGCUACUUUGAUGAUGCUCUUUGCGAUUCCGGUUCUAGUGUGAACCUUAUGCCGACCGAGAUAGCCAAGAAGUUGGGAUUGAUCGAUUCAAUUGUGAAAUCCCACAUGGAUUUAAAGCUAGAUGAUUUAUCUCUAACCGAACCACUUGGAGAGGUGAAGGAUAUUCAGCUUGAUUUUGGAGGUUGCAUAGUUCCAGCCGACUUCUACGUAGUAGCCAUGAAGGAUCCGGAGGACUUAAGGCUUUUGCUUGGAAGAUUAUUUCUAGCUACAGCCAGAGCAAUCAUGGAUUGGCCUAAUAGAAGAAUCUCUCUAGCCAAUGUUGACAAAGACACCUUCUACAAAGCUGCACCUCGCUACACAAGUUGA